ACAAUAUCUAUUCUAGCCAGCCCGUUUGAUUGCCUAUAAAUAUUCUGCAUCCAUAUUGAUCACCGCCCCUAAUUUCAAAUUCCGCGCCAGCUUCUCUCUUUCGGCAAAUUGAAAAACACUUUCCCUCCCGCUCCCAACUUGCUCCUCUCCAUUUUUCUUCUGCGUAAAACUCGUUGCGAUCGAGUUUUUUUGCUAGUACAGAUCACAAUGGAACUAGAAGUUGUUGAUGUCACAAAAAAGCGCCUGAAAUAUUCUGUGGAGGAUAAUGAAACCACAGUGACCGAUAGUGAUGUUGCUAAGGCUGUAGAAGAAGAAACUGCAGUUGCCACAUUGGUGUCAGAGCAGGUGGAGCUGGAGAUUGCUAAUAUUCUUGACAAGAUCAACCGUUUCACUAAUCUGGUCUCUGAACUGCUGGAAUCAGGGAAGUCCAUGCUGAAGGAAGUGAGUAAUGAGUUUGAAGAACGAAUGAUUGUAAUACACAAGGAACAAAUGGAAAAGUGGCAAGAAGAGAUUAAGGAACUGCGCUUGCUUGACACUUCAAAUGAGGAGGCUGAUCGUCUUUUGCUGAAUGCUAAAUAUAUAGCUCAGAAUAUCCGGGAAGAAUCCGGAGCUAUUUGCCCUAUGCUAUAGCUUCUCUACAGUAAGCUGUUGUUCACGUUAUCCUGGGUAAUGGACUGCAUUUCUUAUGUUUUUUGUUAUCUAGAUUGGUAUUUCUGCUCUCACUAAAAGAACAAAGACAGAGCCUUACAUGAUCCAAAAAAGAGUAGCAAAAUAAUAGCCUUUGUAGAAUUGCUUUACAUUUUGUUGCUAACUGGUGUAAAGCUGCUUAAUUUUUCCCGACAAACUUCAUACUACAAGUUUCCUGACUGAGAAGUCUUAUAGAUGGUGAACUUUUGGUGGACAAA